GCCCCGCGGAGGCGGGGGAGGGCGGACUGACGGCCUCCUGUGUGACCGAGCCCGGAGGGGAGGACUACGUGUGCACCGCCUGUCCGCCAGGACACGAGGGCAAACACUGCGAACGGUGCGGCGCCGGUCACUACGGCUCGCCGCUGACCCCGGGCGGCUCGUGCCGGCCCUGCGACUGUAGCGGCAUGGCUGACCUCUCUGACCCCGAGGCCUGUGACCCGGUGACCGGAGAGUGCCUCCUGUGUCAGGGCCACACGGCCGGCUGGCACUGUGAGGUCUGUCAGGAUGAAUUCUAUGCAGACGCCGACACCGGACUGUGUCGACCCUGCGAGUGCGGCAUGUUUGGCUCUACGAGUCCGAUCUGUGACCAGGAGACGGGCCAGUGCUCCUGUAAAGAGCUGUUUGUCGGCACCAAGUGCGACCGCUGCCAGAACCGCGGCGGUAACAUCGAGGCCGACUGCCUGGAGUGUUACUGUGACCUGGCGGGCAGCCUGGGUCCGCUGUGUGACCCCGACUCGGGUCAGUGUCAGUGUCGGGCCGGUGUCACCGGUGUUAACUGCACCGAGUGUCUUCCCGAGCACUACGGGUUCGGCCAGGACGAGGGCUGCGUCGGGUGUCGGUGCAACAAGCUGGGCUCCACGGACAGCACGUGUGACAUCAUCACGGGCGCCUGCACCUGCAAACCGGGCGUGGUCGGACAGCAGUGCGACCGCUGUCAGGAGGGCUACUUUGGCCUGGAGUCAGGCGCCGGCUGCCGGCCGUGCGACUGUGACCCGGAGGGCUCGUCGCCGGCCGUCUGUGACCCGGUGACUGGCCGGUGCCGCUGUAAACCCGGAGUCGGAGGGGAGCGGUGCACCUCCUGUCUGCCCGGCUACUUCCAGCUGGCCGCCGGGGGCUGCCAGGAGUGCCUGCCGUGCAGCCAGCCGGGUCACCUGUGUGACCCGGUGACCGGUCAGUGCGUGUGUCCGCCCAACACGGUGGGUGCCAGCUGCGAGCGCUGCACCCUCGGCCACUGGGGCUGGAACAACGUCAACGGAUGCCAGAAAUGCGACUGCGACCGGCUGGGCUCACAGUCCAGUGAGUGUGACGUCACUACCGGCCAGUGUCGCUGCUUCGACGGCUUCGGCGGACAGAGGUGCGACCGGUGUCGGGCCGGCUAUUUCGACUUUCCGCGGUGCCAGGCGUGUCGCUGUGACCCGGACGGGUCAGAGUGUGAACCGGACGGCAGCUGCGGCUGUGACCAGACCGGACAGUGCCGCUGCAAGAAAAACACACUCGGCGAGAAGUGCGACCGUUGCCUGGAGGGAACGUUCGGCAUGUCUGCCGACAACCCUGACGGCUGCACGGCCUGCUUCUGCUUCACCAGGAGCGGACAGUGCUCGCAGGGAGAGUUCGUCUGGGUUCCGCUCUCUCUACCGGACAGCCGGGCGGUGACGCUGACCGACGACCAGACGCGUCUGAAUGUCACCAACUCACUGCGCGUGCUGCCCGGAUACUCCGGUGACGUCACGGUGGGCCUCAAGUACCCGUCCGACGCGCCCAUCUACUGGCAGCUGCCGCCAGAGUUCCUCGGAGACAAGGUCCGCUCGUACAACGGCCACCUGCGGUUCCGUUCUCGGAGUUUCGGCGGCUCCCGGCCGUUCCCUGCCAGCAUCCUCUCCAGUUACCCGCUAGUACAGCUGCAGGGGAAUACCCGACUGGUGCUGGAGCACUACCCGCCCACCACCAGCCCCGACGGGUUCUACCAGGUCAAACUCCACGAGAACUUCUGGCGUGUGAAAGGGGACCGCCGGGCUCUGGUCACCCGCGAGAUGCUGAUGGUGGCGCUACAGAACACACAACACGUGCUAAUCCGCGCCACCGACUACAUUGACGCUACGCGGGCCGAACUGUCUGAGGUCAGCUGGGACAUUGCUGAGCCGACGUACGGCCACGCCGGCAGCACUGCCCUCGGUAUCGAGCGCUGCGCCUGUCCGAGGGGAUACAACGGAUCCUCCUGUCAGGACCCGAGUAUCGGCUUCUACCGCUCGUUCACGCCUGGCUACAGCAACAGUGAGAUCAUCAUCGACCUGGUGGGCGAGUCGGUGCCGUGUCAGUGCAACGGCAGGUCACAGGUCUGCGACCCCGACACCGGGCACUGUCAGAACUGCACGGACAACACCUCCGGCCAGCACUGUGACGUGUGUGCCCGCGGUUACUACGGUAACCCGUCCGAGGGUCCGUGCCUGCCGUGUCUGUGUCCCACCGCCCAGCUGUCCAACGCGGAGACGUGCUUCUCAAACUACCAGGGCGGCUUCCGAUGCCAGUGUGAUCCCGGAUACACGGGAGAGCGCUGUGACCAGUGCGCGUUCGGGUACUACGGCUCGGCUCUGGAGCCGGGCAUCGGGUGCAGGGCGUGCGCCUGUGACCCGGUGGGCAGCAUCGGUAACACGUGUGACGCCGUCACCGGCCAGUGUCCCUGUCGGACCGGCGUGGUGGGCCGCGACUGUACCCGCUGCGCGCCCCGGCACAUCGUCACAGAGCGGGGAUGUGAAGCAUGCCAGGACGGCUGCGUGGAGCUUCUGUUCGAGAGCCUCGACUCCCUGUCAGCCAUGGCGUCUGCUGUAAACCUGACCGGCGCCGGCGGCGCGCCCUGGAGACGCUUCUACCAGUUCUCCAACACCACCGAGACGGUCCGGGAGGAGGUACAGCAGUACCAGGAGAGCCAGCUCACACUCCGGGCCAUGUACGAGACGCUGGAGCUCGACAAGUACGCCACCACCAUACUCAUUCAGGCGGAAGAUCAGCUGAACGCCCUGUCUCCCAAAAUGGACGAUGUCAGACAGUUCCGGAACGAGAUCGAAGAGAUUUACCAGGAGGUCAAAAAUACCCAGUUCCAAGCUGAAGACACGGUGGCCAAGCUCCGUAACUAUGCCAUCGGCGAGACCUCUUCAGCGGGCGUCCAGGACGCGCUGCUCGAGGCUGAGGCGCUCCUGGCCAGGAUGCAGACCGUCCGGCUGGAGCCCGCCAUGGCUGCUGCUGAGGCUGAGCUGCUGAGCGCCGCCACCCUGCUGAGCCGGCUGAGAGACAUGCUGAGCAGCAGCCCCGGCCGGCUGAAUGACACCAGGGAGCGGCUGGAGCGGCUGAGUGAACGGCUGGAUGAGAUGACCAGACUGGUGGCUGACGGAGUUCGACAGCCGAUAGCGGAGCUGGAGCGGCUGCUGCCGGCGCUGCGGGAGCGUCUGACGGAACUGAGAAACGACCAGCUGGCGGUGAAGGACCUGGGUAACAUGUGUGACGGCACGCUGACCAACACGUCCAGCCUGCUGGCGGAGACCCGUCUGCUGUAUGACGCCGCCAAGGGAGAUCUCGUCGACCUCCGUGACCGACAGCUUGAGGUGGAACGGGCCGAGGAGCGACUGCGGCGGCGAACAGACAGUUUCAGUGAGCUCAGUGAGGACUACCGCAUCCGAUACGUGCUGCCGGCCCAGGUGCACGCCGCCACGCUGACAGCGCAGGCCGAGCGGCUGGAGGGUUCGUUCCAGGCGACCCGCCAGGAAGCGGAUCUUUCACUGCAGGCUGCCGAGGCCUAUCAGAAAAUCGUGGACGCGCUCAACUCUGCUCGUCAGGCAGCGGAGGACGCCAGCGCCGCUGGACAGAGGGCCUACGAACAGGCAUAUCCCAGAGACACGGAUUCCCUAGUCUCUCUGGGGACCCAGGCGAAAACGAAGUCCGAGGUGCUCUUCGAACAGGCAGAAGACCUCCGACAUCAGGUGGUGGUUUUAUCUGGCAAGAUGGCAGCCAGCCGCGCCGGCAUCGACAUCAUCAAUGGAACUCUGCGGGCCACGCGAGAACAGAACGAGGAGAUUCGGACCCAGCUGGCGCUCAACAACGUGGAUGAGCUGGCCAACUCCGCCCGCGCCGCCUCUGCGGACGCCAUGGCCGUGCUCAGCGCCGUCUCAAAGGUGGAUGAGCGGACCCAGAGGAUCGAGGACAAUAUCGACACCGUGCUCCGACCCGGCAUGGAACUGGUGCAGGGCGGCGGCGCAGAGAGCAUGGGCAACUUCAGCACCAUGCUGUCCGCGGCCCGUCUGAGUAUCACCGAGGCAGACAUACGCGCAAUGGAGGUGGAGGAUCAGGUGGACGAACUCCGCGAGAUGAGCGACAACGUCGGACUGAAGCUGCGCCAGCUCAAAAACAAGAUCCUCAAGGCGCGCCAGGCGGCGACCAAUAUCCGGGUCUCACUGACGGAGCGCGGAGCGCCUGGCGGUCUGUGCAGCCGCACGUACCAGGCGCCGCAGCUGCAGCCCAGCACCGCCUCCUCCGUGCGGCUCAACUACGCCAUCUCGGACCCCAAGACGCGGGACGCCCUGCUGCUCUACCUGCCGUCAAAGACUGAGAGCGACUUUAUGGCUCUGGAGAUGGUCAACCGUCGGAUCCGCUUCCUGUGGAACAACGGCGGCCAGACUCGGAUGGUGGAGCACCCGCGGCGGCUCAAGACCAACAGCGAGCAGCUGAUGAAGGACCAGCACUGGUACAUCAUCGACGCAGAGAGGAUCGGCAGCCUGGGUCGUCUCUCUGUUCGUCCGGCGGCCGGUGACCGCGGCAAUCUGCCCGACACCGUGUCCAACUCGACCUCUGACGGUCUGUCCAUCAUGGACCUGACCUCGUCAGACCGGGUGUACGUGGGUCUGCCGUCCGACGGGCCUGACGUCGGCACCACCACGCGACGAUUCGCCGGCUGUCUGUACGAGGCGACUGUGAACGGUCAUCCACUGGGACUGUGGAACUUCGCCCACAACGAGGGAUGCGGCGCCUGCCGUGCCGGGCCCAGCUCGGACGGCAUCUUGGCCAGCUCGUCGUGGUACAGCUUCAGCGGCAGCGGCUACGCCGAGCUGCCCGCACUGAACCCCACCGGGCGCGUGCAGAACAUGCUCUACUCGGUGGUGCUCAACGUCAAAACGUUCGACGAGGACGCCCUGCUGUUCCUGGCUGUCAAUGAGGAGAAGGACCAGUUUUUCAGUAUCGAGCUGCGUGACGGACAGAUCGUGACACGGGUCGGCUUCAACAAGAGUGACAUCCUGGUGGUGACGUCCAACGGGCGCUACAACACCGGCGAACGGACCACCAUCGAGGCCACCAAGUCAGGCGGAGACGUCGGUCUGAAGAUCAACAACGGCGAGGAGUUCAAGGAGGGCACCUUCCACCCGGAGUCGUCUGGCCGCUCGCGCUACCGCCGUCCGCGCUACCAGCUCAGCCUGGACUCCUCCCGGCUCUAUUUCGGCGGCGUGCCGCCCGACUUUGACCGCGCCCGCUGGCCGGAUGUGACCUUCGUGCCACUGCUGGGCUGCGUGGAGGAUCUGCAGGUCGGGCAGACGGCCCAGAAUCCCCUGGUCGGCAACUCGACCGGAGUGGCGCGCGAGUGUGGACGGCAGCUAAUGAAGACAGCUGGAUUCCACGGCGAGGGGUACGUGGAGCUGAACUCACGCCGACUAAGAAAGACCGCCACCCUGGGCUUCACGUUCAAAACUGCCGUGCCAAACGGCCUGCUGAUGCUCUCCACGUUCGCGACCAAGGUGCCUGCCGAGAACCCGCUCAACAGCGAGUACUACAUGCUGAGUCUGAGCGAUGGGAAGCUGGAGCUGCGUGUGAACGGCGGCGGCGGCGAGGCGGUGCUCACCUCCAAACGGACCUUCCACGACGGCCGGCCGCACACGGUCACCGUGCUCAAACAGCGCAGACAACUGGAGAUGCGCGUGUCGGAUAUCGUGGUGGCCACCGGUCAGCUGCCGCGCCGCUCCGGUACCGUCCAGGCGCCGGAGAGCGGCGGUCUGUUCCUCGGCGGGGUGCCGCCGGAGCUCUCCUCUGCUCUCAGCACCCCCGCACCGCCCGCCUUCGACGGAUGCAUCUCGGACGUCAUAUUCGGAGACAGUCUGAUGCAGUUUGACGCGCCGCUGCGUCACAAACGCGUCACACUGGGCCGGUGUAACGGUGACCUGUUCCGGAGUAGGAUGCUGCACGAAAUGGCCAGUGAGCCGGAGCCGACAUCGUGUAACAAACCGUCCCAGGUCACACUGGAGGCCAGGGCCGUGAAGCUGGGAGACGAUCCAUUCAGCCACGUCUUUGUACCGGUACAGAGGAAGAACCUCAGGCGGAACUUUAACAUUACGCUUGAUUUCCGGACGUUCUAUCCGAACGGACUGCUGCUGCACACGGAGAGUCCGUCUCGGAAGCGCAGCUCGUCUCUGACGCUGCGUCUUCAGGACGGCGCCGUGCACCUAACGGUGCGCCGUAAACGGCGGGCGGUGCAGCUCAGUGCCGGGGCGCGGCUCAACGAUGGACAGUGGCAAAUGGUCACCCUUGUCAAGGCGAAGCGCAAGUACACGCUGCUGGUGGGCGGGGCGUCGCCGGCUAGUAGGCGUGGUCCGCACUCUAUCCGCGUGGGGCGCGCCCUCUACGUCGGCGGGGUGCCGCCCCAGGGUAUCGAACUGCGGGGUCAGGACAGCGACUCGCGGAUACCCGGACAUAAGAAACUGGAGAUGCUGAAAACUGAGGGCUUCAAGGGCUGUAUGAAACAGCUGGGUAUUAACGGCCGCGUGCGUGACCUGCCCUCGGGCAACAACAUCAUCCACCGGGUGGGCCAGUGCAUGGCCAGGGUCGAGCUGGGCACCUUCUUCGCAGGAGACGCGUUCGCCAAAUAUGCCGAUGCAGUCAAGCUAGGCGACAAGUUCGACCUCAGGCUCGACUUCAGGACCAGCAGACUGAACGGCGUGCUCGUCAACCUGCUGAGCGACAACGGCAGGGCCAUGCUCUCACUGGAGCUGCGUGACGGUGAUGUGGUGUUCAUCGUUGAUAACGGCGCCGGCCAGCCUAUCGAGGCCCGUCAGUCGUUCCCCGCUAAAUACCUCGCCUGUAACAACCGGUGGCACACCGUCCGCGCCACCUACGGCAAAGACCAGGCGAUUCUGAAGGUGGACCAGUAUCCGGAACGGUACGGAGUGUCCAGUGUCAGUCUGGCACGACCGCCGACUGCCGCCCUGCCGCUCUUCCUGGGCGGAUUACCAGAUUCUGCACGAACAUCUCUAACGCCACCGACGGACAACUUCAAGGGCUGCAUCCGCAACAUCGACAUAAACGGCGCGCGCCGCGACUGGACAGACAUGGCGGAGCUCAGCAACGUUCUGCUCAACUCUUGUCCCGUGCAGCGCUGAGCAGUAGGCGCUGAGGGGGAAGGGCCGAGCGGCCAGCGCUGAGCCUCAGCCCGCACACUGAGCAGUCGGCGCUGAGGGUCCAGGGCCGAGCGGCGAGCGCUGAGCCUCAGUCCGCAGUCUGGCAACUUGAUUCCAGACUGCCGUCUGCAGUCAUUCCUAUAGUUGACGCUAUAGCCGGGUCUUGUCGCGCUACGUGUAAAAUAGCUGCGCGAAACAGCCGCCGCCAAGGGUUGUUGGAGUGUGAACAAAUGUAAGUAAGAAUUUUAUCGAAUGACUCGGAUGAGAUUAAAUAUAUAAGAAGAGGGAGGUGGCAAGGAGGAGUCGAAUUGCUUUAUGUCUCUCAAGUGGAUAUGAUUGUCGAUUGAUUGUCCGUUAUGGUAGGAUAGUGAUGUGACGAUUUGUGCCUGAAAUGUUUUAAUUACUAACAAUUGAUCGUGGAUUUUAUCGACCCUGGAUAUUUUCAUAGUCGAGGCACAACCUGGCCAAAAAAAAAAAAAUACCGCAGCAUUUCCAGCAUGCAUAUGGUCUCUUAGUGAGUUAGAUCUGUUGAUUUCAAGGUCACGAUACCGCUUUAAUGAUGCAUGGUUUGUGACGUCAAACAGUAAUGCAAGCUCUCAAGUUAUAUUUCCUUGCACCAAUGAAAACCGCGAUUUAUGUCUCAUUUUUACUAUUGAUGCAUGGCUUAAGUAUACAUAUGAUCACUGAUACAUAUGAUACGGCACCUAUGAUCAUCGACUGUCGACCUGUUUAGAACCUGCAUCCAUAUUCGUGUGUAUGUGUUUGGGAUUGCAGCUUCUUUGACAAGUGUAGCCGCCUGUUAUUUAAGAAUGCAGAGUUUGUGGCAGCUGACGCGACUUAAUCUUAUUCGACGACAGUCUUCCCAAGACGAGCGUGGUGUUUCGACGACAAUAGAGCCAUUUAUUGAUUUUUUCAUAUCCCAUUAUGCCUAUGUUCAUGUCGCACCACGCCCUUUUCUUGAUAUGCUCUCUGUGUAUUGUGUAACCAGUCCCUGCUACCACUAGACAUGAAUGCGUUCUGCCAAUGUAUUUGUAUGAGACAUUGUUCUGCUUUUUCGAUUCAUCUUUGACGACUUAAAAAACUUCUGAGGUAUCGAGUGCUCGCAUAUUUAUAAAAUGUAAUAAUUGUAGCAUCCAGGACACUGCCAUUGUAUUCAAUAGAUCAUUUUCGUGAUUCACUGUGCAUUGACCACGUCAUGUGCCUAUUCAAAUGACGAAUACAUUCGCCUGGAUUUAUUCG